UGCAGGCGUGAGCAUCAAGCUGACCAAAUGUGUGGAUAGUUUUUCGACAGAGAGGAACGAGAUGACUAAACAUGAUGACUUUCCAGAACCAGACAAGAAGAAUGACUUCGAAAAAUAAAUAAAAUACGCUGAGAUUUUUCAACAAGCCAUUUCAUUUGAAUGCCUUGAAAUUAACCGGUUUGUUAUCUUCAACGCUUUAGCCAUGGACCCUUCACCUGCGGGCAGCUUGCCCACACCAAAACUCAGUCCUUCCUCCCCCACCACCACCACCAUGAGACCAGGAACAUCCUCCCUGGGCUCCUCAGCUACCACAGACCAGAAGAAGUCCAAGCUCACAAUCCCAACCCCUCCAUCUUCUCCCAUCACAGCUUCUCCUCGUCCAGCUCUCCAUUCGCGCUCUUCCUCCCUCUCCUCCCUGACAUCCGCAACUCCUCGCCGUCCCACCAGAAGUCUGUCUCAAGCAGGCAGAUCUCAGCUCAACGCAGCAUCAACAGGAAGUCUGUUCACUGGUUCCUCAGCUACUGGGGCUGCUGGUGCAGCGCCAAAAUCCCCUGGCUCACCUGAACCAGAUGAACCAGAGGAAGAGUUUGGCUUUGACGAUUUGGAGAAGAAAGCAAAGUCAGGCGAUGCCAAAGCACAGACAAAGAUGGGCCGCUACUUUCUGGCCCUGGCAGAAGAAGGUGAUGAAGAACUGAACAACUGUACAGCGGUCACUUGGCUGGUCCAGGCUGCUAAACAGGGCCGCAAAGAUGCUGUCAAACUGCUGCAGCAGUGCUUGGCUUCCAGGAAAGGCAUUACUUUGGAGAAUUUUGAGCAAGUGAAGAGGUUGUGCACAGAGACCCGCUUUGAGAGAGGAGUCAGGAAGGCGGCGCUGCUCAUGUACUGGAAGCUAAACCCAGAGAAGAAGAAGAAAGUGGCAGUGUCUGAACUGCUGGAGAACGUCGAGCAUGUUCACGCAGAGCCAGGGAAACCGGCUACCUCGGGACCUCUGAACAGUUCUGCUAAGAAGCAGAGGCGAGUCCUGGAGACCAUGGUCACCAGCGAGGCCUGCUCCCAUGUUGGACUUGAUGACUUUGUGGAGAUGACUAAAAGGUACGCUCAGGGAAUUCCACCGUCACCCGUCAUGGCUGCUGCUGAGGAUGAUGAUGAUGAUGAAGACCAUGUGGUGGUGAGGAAUCCCGAUGAGCUGCCCCUACAUCAGAAGAUGCUGAAGUUCCCUCUCAUCGCCCUGCUGGAAAUAAAGGAGCAUCUCAUCGAGUGGGCGUCGCGAGCUGGCAUGCAGUGGCUCAGUGCGCUGAUCCCCACUCACCACAUCAACGCACUCAUCUUCUUCUUCGUCAUCUCCAACCUCACAAUCGAGUUCUUCAUCUUCCUCAUCCCUCUGCUGAUUUUCUACCUCUCCUUCUUCUCCAUGGUCAUCUGCACGCUGCGUGUAUUUCAGAAUUCAAAGGCAUGGGAACGUUUCCGAGCUCUCACUGACCUGCUGGCUCAUUUUGAACCGGGACUUGAUCUGGAGCAGGCGGAGACGAACUUUGGAUGGACACACUUGGAACCUUAUCUGUACUUCCUGCUCUCUGUGGUCUUUGUCGUUUUUUCCUUCCCUGUUGCUGAUAAAUCCUGGAUCCCCUGCUCGGAGCUAGCCGCCGUCGCUCUCUUCUUCACCACCAUGGCCUUCCUCAGCCUUCACGCCUCUGCUCAGCUCUUUGCUCGCAAAGCCCUCGUCACAGAGGUUCUCUCUGGAGCGUGCUCCCUCACUCAGCUGCUGCCGGAAACCCUCUGGAUCCUCCGGGUUUUGGGGAUGACCUUCAUCACGGUGCCUGUAGGAGAUGUUUUGGUGUUAAACCUGGGGAUACCAUGCUUUCUGUAUGGGCACCUGUUCUAUCUCCUCUUCCGUAUGGCCCAGCUGAGAGGCUUUAAGGGGAUCUACCUCUGUCUGGUGCCCUACCUCGUUUGCUUCACCUGGUGUGAGCUCUGCUUGGUGUUCCUCAACAACGCCUCACCCAUAGGACUCAUCCGAACCUGUGUGGGCUACUUCCUCUUUGUAUUCGCCCUUCCGGUUCUCUCGCUGGGCCUAGCCGCGAUGCUUAUGAUCCAACUGGUGCAGUGGUUUCUCACUCUGGAGGUGACCAAGAUGGUGGUCACGCUGGUGGUCUGCUGCGUUCCGGUCAUGCUGAGGCUCUGGACCCGCUUCAGCCUCAACCCCAUCAGGGUUUUACGGUCUUUGUCUCACAGUAGCAUUGUGAAGCUCAUCCUGGUGUGGCUGAGCGCGGUGAUGCUCUUCUGUUGGAUGUACGUCUACAGGUCUGAGGGUAUGAAGGUGUAUAACUCCCCCCUGACGUGGCCCGAGUACAGCAACAUGUGUGGGCCGAUGGCGUGGAAGGAGUCCAACAUGGCCCAGACCCAGGUCCUCUGCUCUCAUCUCGAAGGACACCGUGUCACCUGGACAGGACGCUUUAAAUACGUCCGCGUGACGGACAUUGAGAACGGGCCACAGUCGGUCAUCAACCUGCUGCCCGUCUUCCUGGGGGACUGGAUGCGCUGCCUGUACGGGGAACCCUACCCACCAUGUGAGGAGGUGAAACUCUUCUCUGAUCCCCAGCCGCUGCCCGCUCCGGCUCCUCCUGUGGAAAACCCGCUUUGUAAACUCAAAAGACUGGCCAAGCACGACUGCCACGUCAAACGGUUCGACCGCUACAAGUUUGAGGUGACGCUGGGCAUGCCUCUGGAGAGGAAGACCAAGAACGGGACCAUCAUAGAGGACGAAGACGCAACUAAGGACAUUGUCUUGCGAGCAAGUAAUGAGUUCAAGUCUGUGCUCCUACACCUAAACUCUGGCAGCCUGGUGGAGUUCAGCACCAUCCUGGAGGGGCGGUUGGGCUCCAAGUGGCCCGUGUUUGAGAUGAAGGCCAUCCACUGCAUUUCAUGUGGCGACGCCCGCGUCCUCAGCCGCAAGCAAUACAAGAUCGAACACGACUGGAGACGCACGGCUCAGAGUGCCCUCCAGUUUGGGUUUGACUUCUUCUUCAGCCCCUUCCUGACCGCUCGGCUGGAGGAGCACUCGGAGACGGAGACUGAAGAGGACGGGCAGAGGGAACGCACCUUUUAGAGAGAGAUGAUGAUUAAAAUCUCUCUUCUGCUGAAGAGCACUAAUGAUGGUAAAGCACAGCUCUUAAUUACAGGUUUAGAAGAGUGGACAGAUCCUCAGUCUUUUAUCAAAUCCACGUGUUCGUGUCCCUAAAGCUUUUGAGCCAAAAUCUAAAAGCGUAGAAACUUUCCUGCCUAACAAUACGUAAGCAGCAUGGGUGCUCGUUCACUAGAGUUAACUAACCAAGUAAUAACGAUUAGUUCCUCUUUGUAAUACAAACACUGUCUGAAACAAACAUUUCUGUAUCUUGGGCAAUAUUUUUGAUAUAUUCUAAGGCUAAAAUAGUCAGUAUUAUCACUUUAUUGGUGUAAUUAUUGAAGGAAGUUUUAUUUACAUGGCUGAUCACAUCUUUGCUGUCAGCCUUUAGCUGAUGUUAAACAUUCAUCCAUGAAGUCAUCGUUGAAGUGCCUUAAGUCAGUAAUGAUUAAAAAAAUAAGGAUAAAACACCUGAUUUAGAUCAUUUCAGCCAUUAAGUUUUUUCUGCCCGUUUUAGGUUGUCUUCACCAGUGUUUGUGUCCAUCUCUGCUGUGCAGAGGUUUACUUUACUGAUCAUUUAAAUCUGAUGUGAGUUUGAUCGUCACUACGGUUUUCUGUACUUUGACCUAUAAAUGUGGUAAAACCAUCGAUGUUUAAUGGGUAAAACAUGAGCUCUUUGAUGGUUUGUUUGCCAUCAUUUGCUUAUCAGUGGUCAUCUUUCACAUAAAUGAAAAUUAUUUAAAUGUGUUCUUUUGUUAAGUUUAUUUUUGAAUCUAGACGGUUUGUGCAAAUACAUAGGAGAGUAAGAACUGCUCAGAAGAAAUAAGUUUAUAAUGAUUUUUCUCUUUCAAUGUAAUGACUCCAAAUGGCCACUAGAUGGCACCUGACACUACAAAACUAGAGCCUGAAAGGCUGUUCCUACAAUAAAAAUCACAACCAUCUCCUCA